AUGGAGUCCGGGGCUGAUCUUGAGAAAAGUUAUUCCCGGGAGCAACAGGGUGUAGGGCCUACGCAUGAGGCUAUCACUUCGCCGGUUGCGUUGGUGAGGAGUUUUACAUCGAAGAGUCAGAGGAGUUUGAGCAGACAGCGGUACACCACACGUGCAGCACGCUUGAAGGAACUCGAGAAAGACGUCGAUGAAUCCGAUGUCGAGCACGAAGAUGCGAUUGAGAGAGUCGAGUCACAAGUAUCGAGUUCGCACAAUGGGACGAGUGCACUGUCUGAGAUAUCCAGUGAGCAUGGUCAACGGCGCCGUGUCUUGAGAUUUGAAGACGGGGAUCCUGAGAAUCCUGAUAACUGGGGCCGUUGGAAGAAAAUCUAUGCCGUCUUCGUUGCAAUCAUAAGUGUCAUGAACAGCACCAUGAACUCAAGUCUUGCAGCUGGAGCUACAGGCCCCAUAUCCCGCCAUUUCAACGAGUACAACGAGUACAUGCUCGUUCUCCCUACCUCCAUGUACCUAGUUGGGUACGCAUUCGGUCCAAUGCUAUGGGGCCCACUGUCUGAGAGCUACGGCCGCAAAGGCACAAUGGUGAUAUCGUUUGUCAUUUUGACAAUCUUUUCGGUUGCGUCGGCGCUUUCGCCCAACUUUGGCGCUCUGGUCGUGUUCAGGUUCCUCGUUGGUGUAGGCGGAAGCUGUGCGAUUAGCGUUGUUGGUGGUAUCUGUGCGGAUAUUUAUCAUGACCCAAAGCAACGCGGUCGAAGUAUGGCGAUAUUUAUGGCUGCGACGACAUUUGGUCCUAUAUUAGGACCCCCGAUAUCAGGUUUCGUUUCUGUGGUCGACUGGAGUUGGGCUUUUUGGGUUGGAGCCAUCUUCGCGGGCGCAACAUGGCCUAUUUUCUACUUCUUCGAUGAGACGUAUGGCCCGACGAUUCUGAAGCGUCGUGCUCAGCGAUUACGCAAGGAGACGGGUGAUGAGAAUAUCGUUGCACCACUGGAGUUGGAGAAAACGGACUUGAAUCACCUUGUUACGGUCAUCUUGACGAGACCAAUACGAAUGGUUAUCUUCGAGCCACUUGUCCUUUUUACUUGCUUGUACUUGAGCUACGCAUAUUCUAUAUUCUACAUUUUCAUGCAAUCCUACCCCAUAAUCUUCACAGGAACAUAUGGUUUCAAUGCCGGAGAAAUGGGUCUGGCAUUCCUACCUAUUGGCGUGGGAGCCACCAUAUCCGCAGGCAUCUACCUUGCCUGGGACUGGUACCUUGCACGCGCCCAGCGUCUACAGCGCCCCUGGUCGCAACGUGAGGAGAUGCGCCGACUCCCCCUUGCAUGCAUUGCAGGCCCCUUUUUCGUCAUCAGUGCUUUCUGGCUAGGCUGGACGGCGCGAAAGGAUAUUCACUGGAUCGUGCCCGUGCUUGCUGGAGUCCUAUUUGGCAUGGGCUAUUUAUGUCUUUUCAUGGCUCUGCUAAACUACCUUGUCGACGCUUACGAAAUCUUUGCCGCCUCGGCCAUGGCUGCUGCUUCGUUGUCUCGAUCAUCAUUUGGGGCAAUAUUGCCGUUUGCUACGAAGCCGAUGUAUAGGGCUAUGGGUGUAGCGUGGGCGACGACUCUGUUAGGGUUUUUCUCGCUAGCCCUGUGCGUGGUGCCGUUUGUAUUCGUCAAGUGGGGUGAAAAGAUGAGGGAUAAGAGCAAAUUUUGUCAGUAUCUGAGACAGAAGAAGAGAGAGGAGGAAGAGGAGAGAGAAAAAGAGCGAAGGACAAAGGGGGGAACAGGAGAGGCUGAAGUGGAGGAGGUAAAGGGAAAAGAAUAUGUAUGA